UUAUCGAAAAUGAACAAUUUACAGCGAUUAGUUUUAAAUAAAUACAAUUUUCGAAUACUUCGAAAGUUUUCACAACAAUGUACAACAACAAUAACAGAACCACCAAAACCAAUAACAUUUUUAACAAAUCAAGAAAUUAUGGUCAAAAAUACUGUUGCGCGUUUGGCAACUGAAAAAAUAGGUCCUUUGGUCCGGCAAAUGGAAGAUGACGGGAAAAUACAUGAAUCUGUUUUAAAUAUGCUUUUCGAUAAUGGGUUGAUGGGUAUUGAAAUUGAAUCAAAAUACAAUGGGACCGAAAGUAAUUUUAUGAAUGCAAUUUUGGUAAUUGAAGAAAUUUCAAAAAUUGAUCCAUCUGUAGCUGUAAUGGUUGAUAUUCAUAAUACGUUAGUUAAUAAUUUAUUUCGAAAAUUAGGUACAGAAGAACAAAAAAAUAAGUACUUACCAUUAUUAGCAUCGAAAUGGGUUUCGAGUAUUUGCAUAAGUGAAUCUGGAUCUGGCAGUGAUGCAUUUGCUAUGAAAACAACAGCCAAAAAAGAUGGGAACAGUUAUAUAUUAAAUGGAUCGAAAAUGUGGAUAUCCAAUUCAGAUAUAGCUGACGUAUUUUUAGUUAUGGCAAAUGCUAAUCCUGAAGCUGGUUACAAAGGGAUUACUAUGUUUAUUGUUGAACGCGACACGCCAGGUUUAACAGUGGGUAAACCUGAACGAAAAUUGGGUUUAAAAGCAUCAGGAACAUGUCAAGUACAUUUUGAUAAUGUACGCAUACCCGAAACAAAUAUUUUAGGUAAAUUGGGUCAUGGAUAUAAAUAUGUUGCAUCAAUUUUAAAUGAGGGACGAAUUGGUAUUGCUGCCCAAAUGUUAGGUUUAGCUGAAGGCUGUUUUAACGCAACAAUUCCAUAUACAUUAGAGCGUAAACAAUUUAAUGAACCCAUCUAUAAAUUUCAGUCAAUGCAGCAUCAAAUUGCACGGAUCGCUACAGAAAUCGAAUGUGUUCGAUUAUUAGUAUACAAUUCAGCACGAUUAUUAGAAAAUGGUGUCGAUGUACAAAAAUAUGGAGCUAUGGUUAAAUAUUAUUCAGCUGAAGUUGCACAAAAGGUGACAAUUAAUUGUAUCGAUUGGAUGGGGGGUGUUGGUUUCACACAGGAUUACCCACAAGAAAAAUUUUAUCGUGAUUGUAAAGCUGGAUCAAUUUACGAGGGUACUACCAAUAUUCAAUUAAGUACAAUUGCCAAGUUUAUUGAAAAAGAAUAUAAGCAAUAAUAAAUAAAAUUUUGGUUUGGG